CCUUUGCGUUAAACGGCCACAUUUCAAACUAGAAUGGCGACCGCUGUCUGCGGUCUGCAGUCUAGCACCAAUAACAGAAAACCAGUCAAAAUACAACGAGAACAGCGGAGAAAAGCGAGAGAUUCUAAGAGGAGACAAGCGGCAUUAUUGUUCCUCAAUAAUAUCUCACUCGACGGACGGCCCCAGUGUCAGCUUAGCGAUGAAAACACCGACCAAAAAGCUCCCGAUGAGCAGCGACUCAGGGACCGAGACGGCGGCUCAGCGGCGGUGCCCCGGCCGGCGGAGAGCCAAGAAUCGGUCGCCGAGGUGACAGAACCCGCCGCGGCUGCUAGUGGCUCGUCCUCCAGUUUUACAGGGGUAGUCAGUCCUACCCGACCUUCUUUGGUAAUGUCUCCGGGACCUGCCGGGGCAACCGCUGUGGGGGCCAACGAGGUAUUUUUGGAGGGUAGCGGUGCGGCCGAGACGCUAACCCCGGACACCCCUCUGUCUCCGGUGCCCGCCGGACACCAGCCGUGCUCGCGUGCCAAGUCAACGCCCGCCGCCCUGAGCCCAGUCCCGGCCGGCAAUUCAGUGGAUACACGGCAGAGGUUGAGGAAUGUCUCUGGUUCUCCUGGACCUAAGGUGCCAAAGAAAGUCCACUUCAUCAAGAGUAUGAGACAGUAUGAUACCAGAGGGUGUAGGAUCGUGCUGAUUUGUGCCAAGCGGUCGCUAUAUGCUGCUUUCUCAGUGCUGCCCUAUGGAGAGAGUGCUCACCUCAGUGAUCCUAAACUGGAGACUCAGAGACAGAGGCUGUCUUCUGUGGUGGCGGCUGACCUGCUUCCUUGCCUGGAAGGUGUGGAGUUUGGAGACCUAGGCAAGACGGUGUCAUAUGCUCAAUUCCUUUAUCCGACCAAUGCCCUGGUGAGACAGAAGAGCAGCGGUGUUACGGAGAACUGCACGACUCAGACCCCUCAGUCCCGUUUCCGUGGCAACGGGCAGAGGAACUUUACCCCAGCUCGUCUCAACAACAGCGUGACACAGGAACCAUGUGUAGAGGAGGUUGUGGAGUACGACCCUAACCUGCUCAGUGACCCUCAGUGGCCCUGUGGGAGACACAAGAGGGUUCUGAUAUUUGCAUCAUAUGUGACGACUAUCGUUGAGUAUGUGAAACCAUCUGACCUGAAGAAGGACAUGAAUGAGACUUUCAAGGAAAAGUUUCCUCACAUCAAGCUGACUCUGAGCAAGAUAAGAAGCUUGAAGAGGGAGAUGCGGGCCAUGGGCGAGGACUGCAAUCUACAGCCUGUCACCAUUGCGAUGGCUUUUGUGUACUUUGAGAAGCUGGUGCUGCAGGGACGCCUAAACAAGCAGAACAGGAAGCUUGUGGCGGCGGCGUGCGUGCUACUAGCUGCAAAGAUCAGCAGUGAUCUGCGCAAACCAGAAGUCAAACAGCUUAUUGAUAAGCUGGAGGAGCGUUUCCGGAUCAACAGACGGGAGCUGAUCCCCUUGGAGUUCCCGGUGCUGGUUGCCUUGGAGAUGGGACUUUACCUCCCUGACAGCAAGGUGAUGCCGCACUACCGGCGGCUAGUGCAGCAAGGUUAGACCGCAGAUGACGAUGUCUGACAAUCCACCGGUUUAAUUCAGAACAUCAGCAAGUGUGUGUGGUGCAGUAAUUGGUAAUAAAUGUGUGUGUGGUAGGUUGACCAGUUUAUAAGCUGUGGUGUUUGAAACAAAUAAUUAUGUUACUAUUUAUUUCCUGUCGGUCGUGACUCGAGUCGCUCGCUUUAAAUGAAGGAUAACUAGUUUACACUCACAUAUUUUAGACUUGAUGGCAUGUGUGUCUCCUUGAAUGUCUUUUUGUACGUGUGACGUUCUGAUGUCAAUGCAGUCAUGAACUCUAUGUUAGAGAUGUUCAACGAGCACGUUAAUUGUGCUUUUAUUUUGGUGACAUUUUCUUUCUGGUACGUCCCAGUGUUCUUAACCUCUAUUUAAAUGAAACUGUGAUGUUUGUGUUUGUGUAAGACUCUUCUCCUGCACCUUCCUCACUACUAUACACAGCCUGUAUAGUAUUUAUUAUUAAUGACAAAGAACCACACUGUUGAUUUUGUAAAUGCCUUUUUAAACCCACUGUGACAUUAAAGUGUUUUUAGCCAUUAGACCGGAACAUGAUACUGUAGAUUGUAAGUGGAAAACAUGAUUUUGUUUUGUAGGAGGAAGGAAGUGGCCUUUAAUUUAUGUUUUGUAUUUGCCGCAUUCAUAUUUAUCAUGUCAAUACAAAAAAAUAUCACUCUUGUGGCAGCUGUGUCCAGACUGUGCUGAUAUACAGUUUAACCACUGUUACACUGUAAGAAAACAGGAUGUGGCGGCAUAUUAUUUACAGUAAAUAUGUUUUUUUUUUAUCUUUCAUGUUGUUAACCAGGGAUAUGUUUUUAUAAAAAAACACUGCACUGGAAUUUAUUCCUCUUUAGUCUGCCUAGUUGUCAUACUUUUUCAGUUCUCAGGAAUUUUACUUUCUCGUAUAUUUGAAUGGUUCAUAAAAUCUAACCCAAAGAGAAGUUUAACAUUUGUUACUGUAGCUAUCAUCUCUUAAAUCACCCAUUGUAAGUCAAUGGAAGGUAACUGAUUGUAGUGCUUUGACAGAAAAGUACCGCGCGGUAUUAACCUGACUUCAGUACUUAGUGUCGUCACUCUUCUGAUUUAUGCGUACAAGUAUGGAGAAAAAAGUGCCUGAAACUACAGUGGCAGUGAAAUGGUUAACCAUCUUAUCAUAAUUGAUAUUUAAUGUUGACAUUUCUGUGUCUUGCUGCUGUAGAGAUCUUUAAAUGUUGAGAUUGUUCUUGUUGUCUGGGAAUUGUAUUGCGAUAAACAUCCUUAUACGUCUGUGUAACGGCAGAAACUGUACUUGUAUGGUUGGUGUCAAAUAAUCAUUGUUUUCUUACUGUAAAAUGAAUGUUUUUCAAAUAUAUUUUCGGAUGCUGAAAGUCGUAAGUUUGUUUAUUUUUGAGCCAACAAUCAAUUUAUAAU